AUGCUAUUCCUCACCAACCGUGCAAAUCGAACCACUGCAGGAACUACCGUUACCCCGGAGCCCCCAAUUGCCUUCGCAGGCCCCAAAGUGCUCAUCUGUCGUAGACGCAAGAGAGGAACAACUUCGACAAUGGGUCCUCUGAAAGUCAUUAAAGAUGUUGUCCGCAAAAUAAAGAACAAAACCCGAAACUCCCGAAGCCAGCAACAGGACCAACAACAGCAGCAACUUGCUGCCUCUAGCGUGCCAACACCCCAAACUGAGACGCCCUCCAACACCACGGAGACGCCCUGUGAUAGACUUGUUCAGGAGCAGGAUGUCGAAACCAUUAUCUUUGAGAACGAUGUCACCAGCAGCAGAGCGCAGCACAACAGAACAGCAGCGGCAAAACCACUGAACGAAACCCCCAUUAUUUAUGCAGCAAAUCCAACAUACGGCAUUAGGCGAGCUUUUGCGCUACCACAUGACUGCCCUACCAUCAUAGAAGGGGAAGAGUGGGACUCUGGGGAAUGCAGCGAUCCUGAGGAAAUGCCGUCAAGGCCCAAUAACUACUCACAGUCAACAGCAGCAGUUCACACAGCGGCAGCAGCAGCUUCUGGAGCUACUGCCUCUGCUGCAUUAGAAACAACGGCGCUGCAUAGUCAAACUCCCACCCUCGACAUUGCCUUCCUCCAAUCGGGUUCCCGAGUACCAGACGGACCACGCAACUUUGCCAGCGAAGGAGCAGACCACGGUUGGAAGGCAUUCAUGAAUGGCCGCUGGAGACCAAGCAGCAUACCCACGCUUUCUGAUUUGGCGUUCAAACCCUUCUUUGACUGCGUCCCUGAAUCACCUCAGUGUGACCCCAACAAUCGCUCCGCACAGGGCUUGCAGCCAUCGACUAAGGAGUCGAACGAAGCGGUUUCUGCAGACCCAGAAGCUGCUGCAUCUCCCUCAUCGCAUUGGAAAGGUACAGAGGAUCAAACAGAACAGAGAACCAGUGUUUUAAGCGCUGUCCCCUGCAACCCUUUUGCAACUGAGUCACAAGAGCAACGAUGCCAGCAAGAAGGGGAAGGGAGCAGUAUGGGUUCAGGUUCAUUUAUUGCUAGUAUCAUGGAGAGGGUGGUUACACUUCUAGAAGGAUCAGCGGCAAUGUUGAGCUCCUGCGGCGUAGCAGACAUAAUUGAUGAAAGUCAACUGGUAGUGUCCGACGGCCGUAUACGCCGAAGCCAUCAUCAACCUUCAGCGCCUGCUGAGAACAAUACAACAACUACGCAGUGCGCAGGAGAUUCUCCCAUCAUUCCGGUGUACAGGCAAAGAGAUUCAGUGGAAGGAUCUGAUGACGAGGUUUCGAGUAAUGCCAAAUUGAACUCAGAAAAAGAAAAAGAUUUUCAAAGUUCUAGUGCAGACGAAGCGACGAAAACAGAAGACGAUUGCCAAGACGGAAAACUGAAGAGUGAAUGCCAAGAACACCUCUCCAGAAACACAGAAGAUAAUUCGCCUCAUAUUUCAGAAACUACUUUUUCUGGAAACAAACAAGAAAACAAAGAAGUGGAGGAAAGCAAAGAGGCGCGAUGCUGUCUUAUAGGAGAGCUGAAUGAUAGCAGCGGCCUGCACAACCUUUCGGAUCAAGAUUCGUCUUUUGCAAUGCAUCUACCAGGCGUAGCAGGCGACGAAAUCAAACAGAUUUCUGCGCUUCCAGCAGCCUUUAUGUUGCAAGUGUGUGGCUCCUAUAUCACUGCCUGCAGAGCUGACGGGUCUCGCCUGCAUUUUCACCAUUUUGAAACCAAUCAACCCCAUCUUAUGUAUUCUCUUUCUAUGUUCUAUCGCCCUCUGAGCUGUGCAGGGUUGUCGGGCGGACUUCAACAGCAGCAGAAGCAGCAGCAGAAGCAGCAGCAGGAGCAGCCGCAGAAGGAGAAGCAGCAGCUGCAGCAGAAGCAGCUCGAGAAGCUGCAGCAGCAGCAUCAGCACCGACAACAGCAGCUGCUGGGUCUUCAGCAACUCGAGUUGUAUGUGAGUCUAUCCGGGAUCUGA